AUGGCCACGAUCCCCCUCUUCUCCUCCUUCCGAUACUCCGACAGUCUCACUGUCCUCGGAAUCUCCGUCUGCACCGCCGUCAUUUGCGAAGCCAUCUCAUGGGUUCUAAUCUAUCGCACCAACUCCUACAAAACCCUUCGAUCCUCCAUCGACAAGGCCGCCAAAAAGCUCGAGACCAUGAAGACUGACAGCUCUAAAAUCACUGUAAAGAAAUCCAAAACCAAGAAGAUCGAUCGCAUCGAGACCAGUCUCAAGGAAUCCAGCCGUGAUCUCUCGCUCUUCAAGUUUAAAUCCGGCGCCGUUGUUGCCCUUGUUCUGUUCGUCGUCUUUGGAUUGCUCAACUCGCUCUUCGAAGGCAAGGUUGUUGCCAAAUUGCCGUUUAAGCCUUUUGGGCUUGUGAUGAAGAUGAGUCACCGAGGGUUACAGGGUGAGGAUCCUACCGAUUGCGCUAUGGCGUUCUUGUACUUCCUCUGUUCUAUUAGCAUUAGGACCAAUCUGCAGAAGUUCUUGGGAUUCUCUCCGCCGAGAGGCGCCGGAGCUGGGUUGUUCCCGAUGCCAGAUCCUAAGACGAACUGAUUUAGGUCAGGCUUGGAUCAAAUUAGUACUCUCUUUUCCCCCCACCUUCAUUAUGAAUGAAUUUUCGUACUGAUGAAAACUUGGUUUGGGCUGAUUAGGCUUACUUUUAUUAGGGUUCUAUAUGUUCAUUUUAUAGUGAGUUCAUCGGACUUAGUAUAGCUAUGGGUUCCACAAAUUUGAGAGGGUCAUUCUGGUUCAAAUCUCUACUUGCAUUCUUGAUUAGAUUUGGAAAUAAUACUAUCUUUUUUGGGAUCAAUAUAAGCUUUUGAUCUUUGAAAA